GCUGAGCACACAUAUCGCACUUCAAUGCGCCUGCUAAGGUGCUCUGGAUAUCGUUCAGAGAAUCGGAAAGAUGAGGGAUGGAUCCUUUCAGCCCACCUCGCCGACCAUCCACAGAUUGCGCAAUUCGACCCCGCUGUCCCAUCACCACCUUGGGGCGCAUGCGGCCGCAUAGAUCCUCUCACUGACAGCCAUGGCUUGGAUGGGGCUUGCAUAAGGCUUUGAUAUGGCCAGCUUCCCAUUGCUAUAUAACUAUGCAUCCGCUCCUUGACUGAAACUGAGGUCGAUUAACAAAACACACGGUUCCAUCAUCAUGGCUCAGGGCGAACAGAAUCUCGUCGAAGGGAACAAGGCUUAUGCCGCCCAAUUCACUGAAGGCCACUUGGCACUGCCGCCCUCGCAGAAAUAUGCAGUUUUGACCUGUAUGGAUGCUCGAAUCGACCCCAAGGGCGCUUUCAACAUCCCUCUCGGAGCUGCCCACGUGAUUCGCAACGCUGGCGCCUCUGCCAAAGAUGCUUUUCGUUCAAUCGUCAUCUCCCAGCAAUUGCUGGGUACUACCGAGCUUCUUGUUGUCAAGCACACCGGUUGCGGCAUGCUGACGUUCGACAACGCGGCAGCAAGGGAUCUUACGAAGAAGAAUAAGGGAGAGGAAGCAUUUAAAGAGGUUGCGGAUUUGGAUUUCCUCACUUUCCCGGACCUUGAACAGGCCGUUAAGGACGAUGUCGAGUGGCUGAAGAGCCAUAAGGUCGAAGAGGGUGUGAAGAUUACUGGCUGGGUUUACGAAGUCGAGACCGGAAAGGCGCGGAAGGUUGUCUAAGGUGGACAGUCGAGGUACCGUCAGUACUCUGCAAGUACCCUUUACUGAAUGGAAC